UACCCCUCUUCCCUUUAGCCUCUGAGCCGAGCGGCAGACACUCCUUACCGGCGUUACUUUUUAUUUCACUCCGCUGGUAGAGCCAUGGCUGCGGUGAAAGCCUUAAACCCAAAAGCGGAGGUUGCGAGAGCCCAGGCCGCUCUGGCGGUCAACAUCAGCGCGGCUCGGGGGCUCCAAGACGUGCUGAGGAGUAAUCUGGGACCGAAGGGGACCAUGAAAAUGCUGGUGUCUGGAGCUGGAGACAUCAAGCUCACCAAAGAUGGCAAUGUCCUGUUACAUGAAAUGCAAAUUCAGCACCCAACAGCAUCUCUCAUCGCCAAAGUAGCGACUGCACAGGAUGACAUUACAGGAGAUGGUACAACAUCAAAUGUUCUUAUCAUUGGAGAGCUCCUGAAACAAGCUGAUCUGUACAUUUCUGAGGGUUUACAUCCAAGAAUUAUCACAGAAGGAUUUGAAGCAGCGAAGGAGAAAGCUCUGGCUGUUUUGGAGGAAGUCAAAGUGACACAGGAUAUGAACCGAGAAACACUCAUCAAUGUGGCGCGAACUUCACUCAGAACCAAGGUCCAUGCAGAACUGGCAGAUCUCCUUACUGAGGCUGUAGUAGAUGCUGUGCUGGCCAUUGCUCGACCCAAUGAACCCACUGACCUGUACAUGGUGGAGAUCAUGGAGAUGAAGCAUAAGACUGACUGCGACACACAGUUGAUCAGAGGUUUGGUUUUGGACCAUGGCGCCCGACAUCCCGACAUGAAGAAGCGAGUGGAGGAUGCCUAUAUUCUGACCUGUAACGUGUCUCUGGAAUACGAGAAGACUGAGGUGAACUCUGGCUUUUUCUACAAAAGUGCCGGAGAGCGAGAGAAACUGGUGGCAGCUGAGAGGAAGUUCAUUGAAGACCGUGUUCAGAAAAUCAUUGCUCUGAAAAACAAAGUGUGUCCCAAUGGAGAGAAGGGCUUUGUCGUCAUUAACCAGAAGGGUAUUGACCCAUAUUCUCUAGACGCUCUGGCUAAAGAAGGUAUUGUAGCUCUGCGUAGGGCCAAGAGGAGGAACAUGGAAAGACUGACUCUUGCCUGUGGUGGCAUCGCCAUGAACUCUGUGGAAGACCUGACUCCGGAGUGUUUGGGAAACGCUGGUCUUGUUUAUGAACACACAUUGGGAGAGGAGAAGUACACGUUUAUUGAGAAGUGUGGGAACCCUCGGUCGGUGACACUGUUGAUCAAAGGGCCAAACAAACACACACUGACCCAGAUCAAAGACGCUGUGAGGGAUGGACUCCGCGCUGUCAAGAACGCCAUCGAAGACGGCUGUGUAGUCGCAGGGGCUGGUGCAUUUGAAGUGGCUGUUGCAGAUGCUUUAGUAAAGCAUAAACCCAGUGUCAAAGGCAGAGCUCAGUUGGGAGUUCAGGCCUUCGCAGACGCUCUCCUUGUCAUCCCUAAAGUUUUGGCUCAGAACUCUGGUUAUGACCCUCAGGAGACUUUGCUAAAGCUGCAGAUGGAGUACAAAGAGUCUGGGCAGCUUGUGGGAGUAGACCUCAGCACAGGUGAGCCCAUGGUGGCUGGUGAGGCUGGUGUAUGGGAUAACUACAGUGUCAAGAAGCAGCUCCUUCAUUCAUGCACGGUCAUUGCCAGUAACAUUCUGUUGGUUGAUGAGAUCAUGCGAGCGGGAAUGUCUUCACUCAAAGGUUAAAUUGAACAGUAGCUACAGCUGUAUCAGUACUUACUGAGUUAACUGAUGGCUUAGGUUUCCACUCUCUGAACCGCUCCGGUUUCAAGAACGAAUUGUUGUAACCAUCUUCUGUCAAAUAUAAAUGUUUUUCAUGGAUUCAUCAAAACUUCAUCUGAAUCAGUGAGUUUAUUUAUGAGAUUUUGUUUAAGCACUGACCCAUGUGAACCGGUUUUGUUUCUACCCAUUAAAGUCUUCUUGGCUCUUG